UGACUUCACAGAGGAAGAGGAGCAUAUCAUUUGCAGCCUCUACAUUAGCAUUGGAAGCAGGUGGUCCAUCAUUGCAGCGCAGUUGCCGGGGCGAACAGACAACGACAUCAAGAACUACUGGAACACCAAGCUGAAGAAGAAGCUCCUCGGAAAGCGCGCGCCGUCGCGGCGCGCGAGGGCGAACCAGGAUCCCUACCUCGCCGCGGGGGCCGGCAACAUGUGCAGCACCAGCGGCGGCGUCAAUAACAACAGCGCCGCCGCCGCGACGUCCACGCAAGCCCUAAGCGCGUCGGCUCUCGAGCGGAUCCAGCUCCACAUGCGCCUCCAAGGCAUCUACGGCGCGUUCGGCUGCAGCGCCGACGCCAACGACGACAGCAACGCCGCCGCCGUCGCGGCGGCGCCGCAGUGGCCGAAGCUUGAGGCGCUGCUGCAGGCGAAUAGGCUGCUCCCUGGGUCACUGCCGGCGGACGCCAUGGCCACAACCGUGAGCGUGCAACAGCACCAUCAGCAUCUGGUCGACCACCAGAGCCUCGCCGCCGGCGCCAGUGAUGCGGCGGCUGUCGAGGGCGAGCAGCAACUCAGCUCUGCCGGUGGGGCAGCAAACUACAUGGCGCCGGGUGGUUUCUUCGAGCGCCCCAAGCUAGGGUUUUACUCUCCAUCCGCCGAGGCCGAAGCCCCCGCCGGCGGCGGCGUAGAGAUGAAUUCGGGCGCCCCGAUGGUUGGCGGCGGCUACGGUGGCGCCGGGUUCGGAGCGCAUCAUCAGCACGACGAGCUAUACGACUUCCUGUACAGCAAGUACGGAUCAGUGGGGGAGCUGGCGCACGACGGGCAUGUUCCAACGUUGCCGGAGCUGCAGUGCCCGGAUGGCGCUGCCGUCGUCGGAGCCGAUGAGAAGUUCUCGGCAUGGACCGCGUCCGCCUGCGAUUACGGCGCGGCCGGUGGCCAUCAGAUCCAGCAGGGAAACUCCAUUAUGCACGAUUACGUGCUAGGCGGCUAUGAUCAAUGAGAGUAGGGUUUUGGUGUCGCGUGUCGUAUUUGUGUGUGUAAAAUUCUAGAGCUUAUAUAUAGUUCAUUUUCCAAAUUGUCCAGUCCAUAUAGUUAUAUAUGUAUGUUUCGUUUCGAUUGAUCUUAAAACUUGCUGUUAAUAUACAAUGGAUGCGAAUUAGUAAUUCAAUCAAUAUAUUAUAUA